CUCUGGCGCCGGAAGUGUUGGAGAGUUCCAGAAGGCGCGUGGGGUGGAGAGGAGAGCUCUAGAAGAAAGAGGAGAGCGCGAUUAUUGAUUAUUAUUAUACAAAAUCAAUCUGAUUGGGAAUUAGAGGAGAAUAAACAGAGCCAUGACAACUAUCGAUUACAGCGUGUGGGAUCAUAUCGAGGUGUCUGACGAUGAGGAUGAUACACACCCCAACAUCGACACACCGAGCCUGUUCAGGUGGAGACACCAGGCUCGAGUGGAGCGUAUGGAGGCAUUUCAGAAACAGGGGGAGGAACUGGAGAAGAACCUGGCGGAGAGCAGGAAGAAGCUUCAGGAAGUUCAGAAGAAGGUCCAGGAACUCUCACUGAAGAGUACAGAGGAGGCCAAGCAGCAGCUGGUCAAAGCUCAGGAGGAGGAGAAGCGUCUGAAGAAGGAGGAAAGGAACUGUGAGAAGAAGGUGGACGAGUAUCGCAGAGAGGAGAAGAAGAUGCCCUGGAAUGUGGACACGCUUAGCAAAGAAGGAUUCAGCAAGAGUGUACUGAAUGUCAAGCCUGAAGUAAAGGAAGAGACGGAGGAGGAGAAAGAGGAGAAGCAUAAAACCUUCGUGGAGAAAUAUGAAAAACAGAUAAAACACUUUGGUAUGCUGCGUCGCUGGGACGACAGUCAGAAGUACCUGUCGGAUAAUCCUCACCUGGUGUGUGAGGAAACAGCGAACUACCUGGUGAUCAUGUGCAUUGACCUGGAGGUGGAGGAGAAACAUGCUCUGAUGGAGCAGGUGGCCCACCAGACGAUUGUAAUGCAGUUUAUCCUGGAGUUGGCUAAGAGUCUGAAGGUGGACCCUCGGGGCUGCUUUCGCCAGUUCUUCGCCAAGAUCAAGACGGCAGAUCAGCAGUAUCAGGACGCGUUUAAUGAUGAGCUGGAGUCGUUUAAGGAGCGCGUUCGCGGCCGAGCCAAAAUCCGAAUCGAGAAAGCCAUGAAGGAGUACGAGGAGGAGGAGCGACAGAAACGACUCGGACCAGGAGGACUCGACCCGGUGGAGGUUUACGACUCACUGCCUGUGGAGAUGCAGAAGUGCUUUGAUGAGAAGGACAUCCAGCUGCUGCAGGACGUUAUCAGUAAGAUGGAUCCCACGGAGGCAAAGAUCCAUAUGAAGCGCUGUAUUGACUCGGGGCUGUGGGUGCCGAACUCUCGGACGGAUGAUGACGGAGAGAAAGACGAGAAGGAGGACGAGUCUCAGUAUGAGGAAGUGAAGAGAGAGAGCAGUGAUGGACAGACUACAUCAGACUCUAAAUAAACCCCCCCCCUGCUCUAAAACCUGCCCACAACAAACCCCACCCCCAACACACCCCGCCCCCAACAACCCAACGCUUACACACACACACACACAGUGUUCAUUAAUACGGAUUCCUACAUCAUUCAUAAGAUAAAAUGCAUAAAUUAAUAGGUAAUUAAUCAUUCUUAAUGAAUGAAUGAUUUGAUUUAUCUAGUUAUGAAUGUUGCAGUAAUUAAUCCUUCCUCCCUGCAGCAGCUGUUCAUUAUUAAUAAACAAAUUCCUGAAAAUUAAUUUGUUCCUCAACUGUGCUGUAGAUAUUCUUCAGUCUCUCUCUCUCCCUCUCUCUCUCCUGAGCACUGCAUGCUGAUUGGCUGGGUAAUGAUGAUGAUGUUGGAUCAGUGCCAGGUUUAGUUUGUUUGAGAUGAUGUUUUUCCUGCUUUACUGUUUUAUAAUAAAGAGUUUAAACAUAAA